GGUAACGUCGGCCGGUUUUGUACAUUUUUCACAUUUACUACGAAAAUUACGGGUUUUUUACAAUGUCAUGUAAAAAACUACCGUUCUCGACAGAUGCCCAACCCUACCCUCAAAUACCGCUAAAAAUUCCGCGUCAGUGUCCCCAACCCCCACCCGCCCAACAUCGUCAAUCUUCGCACUCCCCACCGUUGGCAUCAGUGCUCCUAGAAAACAUGGCGUGACACGAUGGCUGUCUCGAAUUACGAAAGAGCACAAAGUCUUUCCCGGGGGAAUAAUUCUAGUACGACCACAACGUUAGUGCGAAAACCUCGAUCAGUGGUGCAUUUAAUAAUCUACUGUGCAUACACAAACAAAUGUAAGAUGAAUUACGACAUAACAUGGAUUAUUCCAAAACUCAGGCGGCCCACGAUACUAUGGCACUUUGCUAGCUCUUUGACAUUCGCCGCUGUUGGAAUAUUCUCCAAGAUAAUAAUCCAAUGGCUGAAUAAAACGACAGUCUUUAACAAACACUUAAUCGAGAAGGCCUUGGACAAGAGACCAAAGAAUGUCCCACUCAUUACAGUAUCCAAUCAUCACAGUUGCUUCGAUGAUCCAGGAAUAUGGGCCACCCUGGACCUGCGACAUUUGCUCAGCAGAAGGAAAAUACGCUGGUCAUUAGCUGCACACGAUAUCUGCUUCACCAAUGUAUGGCAUUCCUAUUUCUUCAUGUUGGGAAAGUGCAUACCUACGAUUAGGGGUGAUGGUGUUUAUCAGGAGGCCAUUAACUUCUGCAUUGAGAAGCUGGGGUGUGGGGACUGGGUACAUGUCUUUCCGGAAGGAAAAGUCAAUAUGUUCAAGGAGAAUAUGAGGUUGAAAUGGGGAAUAGGGAGAUUGAUAAUGGAAUCACCAGUGAUGCCAUUAGUUGUACCAAUUUAUCACAUUGGAAUGGAUGAGAUUCUACCUAAUGAACCACCAUACAUGAUAAGGGUUGGGAAACGAGUGACCUUGUAUUAUGGAGAGCCCAUAGACUUUAGUGAUAUGUUGAAGGAGCUGAGGACAGCAAAUGCUAGUGAGAUGGAAACUAGAAAGGCCAUAACUGACCGAGUCGAUGCGGAACUUCUAAGGUUAAAAACAAUCACGGAAGACCUCCACGUUAGAUCUUGACGUCCGAGUGACGGUUCACACCGUCACUUAACUUAGAAUUAAAUUUGAUCAAUUUCAAUUGAACGUCCACGACACAAAAGAUCAUUGAAAGACCAUUAAAAAUCGAACACUCAAGAAUGAUCAAUGUUUCACCCAUAUUUAAACUUCAUUAUCUUUAUACACCUCCAUGACCACAACAAUCAACAUGGAUUGCAAAAGCAGUAGAGAAGAAACAAAAGAGAACAAAAAAAGAGAAAAAAAAUCAUACAAUUAGUGUCAAAAGGUCGAGAGCCAUCAAAACAGGUGAUUGAUUAUCUUAAGUUUUAAGUACAUUAGAGCUACAAUUUUUGUAGAUGUCGUAUUCAAUGAGAGGCCUAAUCGUCUCGGAGAUGUAAAUAAAGUUAAUUCAGUAUAUUAUUUUUAUUAAAUCUGUUUACGUUCGUGCCUGGAUCGUUGAUCUCUGGAACUAUGGGAUUUAGGGGAAAACCCUGAGAGAUCGUUUGUGUCAAGAUUUUCAAGGGCAAUAAAAAUUUAUUUUUCACUAAAUUCUAUAGUUCCGAAAAUAUUCGUGAAAUAAUAGUUAUCAGUUCAAAAUGUUUUUUUUGGGAUUAUCCCCAAAAUAAAGGGUUUUAGAGAAAAAUGUUGCAAGAGUUUUUUUGUAACCCUCUAAAUUCCUGACAACAAAAUGAAGGCAUUUUCUCCCGAGCCCAACAUUUUCGGAGAUAUUUGCAAAAUAAUCAUCAUUAAUGUGUCCAAAAUUGUUUCACAAAUUUGGAUUAUGGUUUAGUUAUUUAAUUGUCGAAAGAGUUUUUUUUUUGUAGCCCUCUAAAUUCCUCACAAAAAAUCUGAACAUAUUGUUCCCUAAACCUAAUACUUGCAGAAGAUAGGUUUAUGUAUAUAUUUGAAUUGGGGCUUGGAUUGGUUUGGCUUGGAUUGGAUUUUCUUAAUCAUCUUGAAAACUAAUGGGUUUAGAGAAAAAUCUUAUUUGUGCCAUAUAAAUUGAUAACAAAAUAGAUUUGAACAAAUUUUUCGCUGAAUUCAGAAGUUUGAGAGCUAUUUGUAGAAUGAUCAUUGCAAUAAAAUAUUUUUACGUUGAAGUGCCUAGAUUGCACUAGAGUUUAAGAGGUAAAGAAGAUGUUUCUAUGAAUAGUCACCAAGAAGUGGGUAAUUGUGUCAAUGAAACGAAGCAGGGCAUCCAAAAAUGCUCUUGAUAGUUUCUAAAUGGAUUAUUCAAGGGCUUCGGAAUUAUUCAUAAAUUGGAUUAAAUAUUUGUGACUAAAUUUACUUUAAAAAAUGAUUGAAAAAUGCAAAAAUGUCGUGAAAAUAAAUCACAUUACGUCUCAAACUGAGACGCUUAUUCCGUUGAAUAAGUGAGAAUGAAACCAUUUCGCCAAUUUGAAAAAUAAAGAUACAACUCUUAAAACCAA